AUGUCGUUUCGUGGUAAUUCGAGGGGUGGUGGCAGAGGCGGAGGAGCAAGAGGAGGAUCGUUCGCAGGUCGAGGUGGACGAGGUGGAUUUGGUGGUGGUUUCCAACAACAAAGCUUUGGACCACCUGCGCAAGUGCUAGAAAUGGGCAGUUUCGUGCAUGCUUGCGAAGGCGAAAUAGUGUGCGAGUCGAUCAAUACCAAGGUUCCCUACUUCAAUGCGCCGAUAUAUCUCGAGAACAAGACUGCCAUAGGAAAAGUCGAUGAAAUACUGGGUCCAAUCAACCAGGUCUACUUCACAAUAAAACCACAAGAAGGCAUACAAGCCACAUCGUUCAAGCAAGGUGAUAAGUUUUACAUUGGUGGUGACAAGCUAUUGCCAUUAGAAAAGUUCUUGCCAAGGCCAAAGCCAGUAGGUAUCACAAAAAAGAAGCCAGCAGGUGGUGCGCGGGGUGGUCGCGGUGCUCCACGAGGCGCUCCCAGAGGUCGAGGUGGUCCUUUCAGAGGUGCUCCUCGAGGUCGUGGUGGCUUUGCUCCAAGAGGAGGAUUUGGUGGCCGAGGUGCGCCAAGGGGAAGAGGUGGAAGCUUUGGUGGUGGUGGCUUUGGUGGAAGAGGCAGAGGUCGCGGCUGA